UUUAAGUGCAUGCAAUCAAGAUGAUGGGAUCAGCGCAGUGAGGCCAGUCAUAGCAAAAAGGAUACAAAAGUACAGUGAAGGUAAAAUUUGAUUUAACUUAAUGGCCAUUGUGUUUGACAGAAAAAUGAUAUAUGAACAGAAGAUAGCAGAGUUACAAAGACAACUUGCUGAGGAACCCAGGGAUACAAACCAGGAUAACAAUGUGUUAAGUGCUAUUCAGUCAGAGAUUGCCAAAAACGGGAUUCUUAUUGAAGAAGUACAGACACUAAAAAGAUACAAGAUUGAAAAUAUCAGAAGGAAGUAUAAUUACCAGCCUUUCAUUAUGGAAUUAUUAAAGACUUUAGCAGAACACCAACAGUUAAUACCACUAGUAGAAAAGGCAAAAGAAAAACAGAAUGCAAAGAAAGCACAGGAAACCAAAUGAAGAAGAUGCUUUGGGAUGUAUACAUAUUUCUGCUUCUGCACUUAU